UAGCACUAACUCGCAUUUGGAUCUGUAAUGCACAUGGGUAUACAAAGUACCCAGGCACCUACCCACAUUCACUACCUCCGGCCUUGCAAGAGCUGCCAACAUGUCGAACUUUGAUAAUUUCAACACAGAUUUCUAUCAGACCAGCUAUAGUAUAGAUGAUCAGUCUCAGGGCUACAACUACAAUGCAGGCGGAGCACAACACAGCAAGCAAUAUGCUUAUGAUCCCUACAGUCAGCAAGGAGGUUUUAUUCCACCAGAGAUGAUGAAUCAACAGCAGCCAUACACGGGACAGAUAUACCAACCUACACAAACAUACACUCCCGCAGCCACUGACUCUGUGUAUGGGAGUACAUUUGAUGAUGAGCCACCACUUCUAGAAGAACUGGGAAUCAACUUUGACCACAUUUGGCAGAAAACUCUGACUGUGCUACACCCUUUAAAAGUAGCAGAUGGCAACAUUAUGAAUGAGACAGAUUUGGCGGGUCCAAUGGUCUUCUGUCUAGCAUUUGGAGCCACGUUAUUGUUGGCUGGAAAGAUACAGUUUGGCUAUGUCUAUGGGAUCAGUGCAAUAGGAUGUCUGGGAAUGUAUUGUCUUCUGAAUUUAAUGAGCAUGACGGGCGUUUCGUUUGGCUGUGUAUCCAGUGUACUCGGUUACUGUCUUCUUCCCAUGAUUAUACUCUCCAGUUUUGCUGUAAUCUUCUCUUUACAAGGAAUUUUGGGCAUUGUUCUUGCUGCCUUGAUAAUUGGUUGGUGCAGUUUCUCCGCCUCAAAGAUCUUCAUUUCUGCUCUGGCCAUGGAUGGACAACAGGUUCUAGUUGCCUACCCUUGUGCUUUACUUUAUGGAGUGUUUGCUCUUAUCUCUGUGUUUUGAGCAUAUUUUAUUUUAAUUUGGACUUUAGUGGGCCAACAGCUAAUAAAGACCAAUCCUGUCUCCCAGAAAGGACCAGAGAGCUUUGCUAUCUCACAUUCUAAUGUCUCUGGGACAACAAUGGAAAUAACGAACAUCUGGUUCGCAGCUUUUAUACAGAACUCUUAAUACUGAAGGGACUCCCAAUGUCUUCGGUGUUAAUAAAAUGCCUGGUUGUAAGGUAACAAUGUAAUGUUUGGUGGUGUUCACAGAAGGAACAUGCAUGCUAUGGUGAUGUUUCACUGAUAAUAGCACAGUAUGAAAAAUUAUUUACAGUAAUAAAAAAAAAAAAAUUGAGUCAC